UUUAGUAAUGUAAGGAUAUGUAUUAAAACAUAUGGUCAUGCCUACAGCCCUAGAACUACUUCACAAAAUGUAGAACACAUUUAGUAACUUAUACUAAUUUAACAUCAUGUGCAAGUAGCACUAUUUAAACGGCGAUUUCAAAUACAAUCUUCAAUCAAUUAAAAUAAAAUGGCACUAAGCAACAUUUUACUAUUUGUGUGUCUGGUUGGCGGUGCUUUUGGACAAGCAUGGGAUGGACUGCAUGUGAGGUUUGGAUUAUUGGAUUCAUUCCUGGAACAGCCGAGAACAGUGCAAGAUGCAGAGGCUGAGGGUUAUGUGUUGCAGACACGUUGUGCUGAAUCAAAUGGUUUCUAUGGUAACCGUUACAUCAAGAAUAAUGACAGUGCCGUGCUAUUACUGUUUGAUGGCAAUGGCUACAUCUCCGGUAUACAGGCUGGGGUACCCAAGGGUUUGGAAAAUGGUUAUCCAUCCACCAACAUACAAGACUAUUUCAAUGGUAGAGGGCCUGAAUAUGUAGUGACUGCCUACUUUAAUAAUCCUACUCCUCCCUGUGGUGAAGGAAGAAGUGAGGAACAGUUUGAAACAGAAGGAACAGGAACUGGUCUCUACAUACAGAAUGGACCAAGCCCAACUGAUGUACUGGAAGCCCCAUUUCAAGAGAACGAUAUUGCAGGGACUGGCUGGACAGAAGGGCUCUGUUUUUCAGGAAUGGGUAAGCACUACUGGCCUGGUAUAAGUCAGGAUAUGGAUUGUGAUGACUUCAAACCAGUUUUCUUGCUGUACAACAAUACAGGGAGACUCAAUGGCUUUGGAUGGGCAUUCAAUGCAGAUUUGUCAUCAGAAAUUUUUGAACAUCCUCCGCCAGAGUCUUUUGGUCUAUUUAUGGCGACUGUUCCACAGUGUUUGUUAGACAUGCCCCACAGGUUGUCCACCUUGCAUAUAUAUCUUACCGCCCACCCUCGUUUUGACAACAUCUGCGACUAGUUCUACAAGAUGCCUCAUUGCGAAGACUCAAUAACGCACAAUGCAGAAAUGCGACUUGAUUCUUUUGUUUCUGUACAUUACGUAAAUGAAGUUUGAAUAAAUGUUAUGUUAGAUACCAUAAAA